AUGGCUUCGAUGAUGAACGAUGUGGAAAAGGGAAGUCAGUAUUCCAAGGAUACGAUUCCCUCGCCGAUGUACAGUGCGAGCAUGGGCGAGCCAAGAUAUGAAGAGGCUAUCGAGGUAUACCAGAGCGUACCACGUCGCAUAUUCGAGAGCUUCAAGCGCGAUCCCACGCUCACGGUAACGCCAAGGGGAGUGAUUGGAGUAGAUGGUCGAGUGUUCAAUCCUGAGUUCGCAGCGUUAGCUACAGCGAAUUCUCCUCUAGCUCGCCAGCUAAAAGGGAGGCAUCUUCAAAUGAUCGCGAUUGGGGGGUCCAUAGGAACUGGCCUCUUUGUCGCGUCUGGAAAGUCCCUCGAAGCUGGCGGACCCGCCUCGUUGUUGAUAUGCUUCUCUCUGAUUGGAGUCAUGUUGUAUUGCACAAUGCAUGCUCUGGGAGAAAUGGCAGUCCUUUUCCCGGUCGCUGGUUCCUUUUCGGCAUACUCGACCCGAUUCUUGGAUCCAGCAUGGGGUUUUGCAAUGGGAUGGAAUUACGCUAUGCAGUGGCUUGUAAUUUUACCCCUUGAAAUUAUUGCCGCAUCUAUUACUAUAAACUUUUGGGAUAAUAGUGGGAAAUAUGAUCAUGCAAUAUUCGUAACGAUAUUCCUGUUCGUUAUUAUACUGAUCAACCUAUUCGGAGUGAAAGGCUAUGGGGAAGCCGAAUUCUUCUUCUCUAUUGUAAAGGUUAUUGCCGUGAUUGGCUAUAUUUUACUUGGUAUUGUCAUCAACUGCGGAGGCGGCUCGGAUACUGGUUAUAUUGGAGCCAGGUAUUGGCAUAACCCAGGUGCUUUCCACAACGGAUUCAAAGGACUUUGCAGCGUAUUUGUCACUGCAGCAUUCGCAUUUGCUGGGACUGAGCUGGUUGGAUUAGCGGCCGCAGAAACAGCGAACCCUCGAAAGUCACUACCGACUGCUAUUAAGCAAGUCUUCUGGAGGAUAUCGCUUUUUUAUAUUUUGAGUCUCACGCUCGUCGGGCUUCUUGUCCCAUAUGACGAGAAGCGUCUUCUCACAGGAGGCAGUGCUAAUGCAGCAGCCUCGCCGUUCGUUAUAUCUAUUCAGAACGCGGGUAUAGAAGUUCUUCCUUCGUUGAUGAAUCUAGUCAUUUUGAUCGCCGUUCUAUCCGUUGGUAACUCCUCGAUUUUUGGGUCAUCAAGGACUAUUGCGGCUCUUGCAGACCAGGGACAAGCUCCAAAGAUAUUUUCUUAUAUUGACCGCAAGGGUCGACCCAUGGUUGCUAUCGCCUUUGCAUCUUGUUUCGGCCUCAUCGCCUUCUCAGCUGACUCUGGUAAAUCGGGAGAUGUUCUCGAUUGGAUGCUCUCUUUAUCUGGAUUGUCGUCCAUCUUCACUUGGGGCUCUAUCUGUUUGGCUCACAUUCGAUUUCGGAAGGCCUGGAAAGUGCAAGGGCAUUCUUUGGAUGAACUGGCGUUUCGUUCACAGCCAGGCGUGGUCGGCUCUUGGAUCGGCUUCAUCUUCAACGUUCUCGUUAUCAUUGGACAGUUUUGGGUUGGGGCAUGGCCAGUCAAUUAUGGUGCCAAAGGAUCUCGAGGACAAGCUGAAAGCUUCUUCCUCGCAUACCUCGGAGUACCCAUCGUUAUAUUGUUCUACCUGUCUUACAAGAUCUGGUUCAGAACCCCGGUCAUGCGAAGCAAAAAUAUGGAUCUGGUCACAGGAAGGCAGGAUCUAAACCUUCCAUCCCUAAUCGCAGAAGAGAAAGCGGAACGAGCAGCUUGGCCUAGAUGGAAAAGGGCCUACAAGAUAUUUUGUUAA